AAAAAAGAAAAAAAAAAUGGGUACUGUAACAGCGCCAUGGAAACAGCUUCUUCUCAACUCUCUUCAAUCCAAUUCCCAUCUCAGACACUCCACCUAUUUUCAACUUGCAACAAUAGCACCCAAUGGCAUGCCUGCUAAUCGCACUGUUGUUUUUAGGGGAUUUCAAGAUGCAACAAACAAAAUACAAAUUAACACUGAUUGCAGAAGUCACAAGAUUGAAGAUAUUAAUCAUUGGCCAUUUGCUGAAAUUUGUUGGUAUUUUACGGAUACGUGGGAACAAUAUCGAAUAAAUGGUUCAGUAGAUGUCAUUGAUGGAUCAAACCCUGAUCCCAUUAAACUUCAGGAACGAGAGAAAGCUUGGUUUGCUAGCUCACCAAAGUCCAGGCUCCAGUAUUUGGGACCAAACCCUGGGCUCCCCAGCUCUCUAGCAGACCAAUCGACCCAGGUGCCAAGCUCAUUGGACCCUUCGGCUGGUCCGGUUGCAGCUUUUUGCUUGCUUGUUCUAGACCCUGAUCAGGUUGAUUACUUAAAUUUGAAGAGUAAUGAGAGGAUAUCCUUCUCUAGAAAAAUAUUCAAUGAAGAGAUUUCCUGGACUUCAGAAAAGGUCAACCCAUGAUCUUUUCAACGUUAGCUGAUUCGCUGUCUUCGUGAAAAAGUGGCGGUCAAAUAAACUUUAAGCGGUAUUGUUUGUCAAGAUUUAUCAACCGUCACAAUGAUUUGCAUAUUAAGGUAUUUUUUUUUGCUUUGAUUAAGAUAUUUUAUAUAUAUAAUAUGUAGUUUAGGUACACUAGCUUUCACUGACUUCAGUUCUUUAAUGCAAUUCUCUACCUGUCAUUACCUCAUAACACAAAAAAGAUGUAAUGCAUUUCAAAUAUCGUCGAAACUUCCACUUUUUAUUCA